AUGUCUACAACUCCUUGUCAUCGGAUACCAACUCUUUCUUGUCACUCACUUGGUAAUACCAACAACAGCAACAGCAACAGCAACAGUGGCAGAAGCAGCAUUAUAAGUAGAAGCAGCCAAGAAGGAUCUCAUCGAGCAGCCCUACUCGGUUGUGAAAGAGAUGAUGGUAGUGUCAUAAGUCUCCCUAUGGCAUCACCCAAAUCCUCUACUUCCUUUCCGUCCUCUUUCCCUUCCCCUUCCCCUUCACCGUCCCCUUCACCAUCUAUGUCUCUCUAUUCUUCGUCACCAUUGUCAUCAUCGUCUUUGUGUGCAAAGCUAUCAACAAUGUCAGCCUCUGCUUCAGCUUCGGCUUCUAUAUCCACAACAUCUCACCCGUCUCCCCGAAGAUUCUACUCUUCUCACCUUGGAAGACCUCCUGGCAGUAACACUAAUAAUGGUAGUAGCCGUCAGACAAACUCCCCUAUCAAAAAACCCUUGAUUGUACAACAAACACACACCUCAGGAUCAAACAAGACCACGCCAAUGAAAGAGUUGGAAAAAAUGAUGGCAGACAUUAAAAAGGAAAACUUUGAUCUCAAAUUAAGAUUAUAUCACCUGGAAGAAAUCCUGGUUAAAGAUGUGGAUCAACAGUUGAUAGAAGAGAAUCACAGGUUAACCUUGGACCUCGAGGAUAAGACUGAUCAAGUAGAUGCACUUGAACACGCCUUGUCUCCUUUUCUAUCUGUCCAGGCACGUUCAAUUGGAACCCAAACCAAUCCGGUGACCCUCCGUACUACUUGUGAUGACACUCAUGAUGAUGACACCAACAGCACCAACAGCAACAGCAACAUAAACGACACCGAGAAUAAGGUUAAUUUAUCUCUUCAAAAACCCGAGGUCUAUGGGUCUUCCUCGGAGUCAUACCAUGCAGUGUUGGAUGCAAUGCAUGAUCUACACAUCACUCAGCAAAAAAGCAAUCGGCUUGAUCAGACCAGUGAUCCGUCACCACCACUCCCACCAAUACAAAAAGAAACAAGCAAAGAGAAAAGGGACAAGACAACAAAUGCUCCAGCUAUGGAAGGAAAUGAUGGUCGUAUCAGAGGUUGGCUAAACCAGCUGGUUGAAAGCAAGAUGAAGCAACAUAAAAUAAUUCAUAAAGAGGAUACCUUUUAA